AUGGCUCGUAAAAAGUUGGAUAGAACUGAAAAUUCCGAACUUCCUGGUCACACCCUGAUACAAUUUAUACUUCUGGCUCAGGUUUCUGGCACGAUAAGCUUACGCGUUAAGCGACAGUCCAAUCGAAGUCCCUUUGCCGUCUUUUCUCAACCUUUGAAUAAAAAAUUUGUUCGAAACCGUCCGCUGCCAUCUGGUUUGAUCACCACCAGCGAACCGGUUCAAUCGGCCAAUCUGUUUUUUGCCGAGUCAACUGAUGUCAAUAACUUCAGCAAUGAUCUUUCGACCAUCGUUGCCAGACGACCAGCACAUCUAACUCUUCCCCCACCGUUCGAAGCCGAUGUUCCAUCAAGAUCCCGAGAAUUUUACAGCUGCAUGACCAGUUGCCUCACGUUGAGCCACUACAACCCGGUCUGCGGUACCGACCAUACAACAUACCACAACGUGUACAAGCUGGACUGUGCCAAUCGCUGCGGUGCGAAACCCAGUGUUAAGGUACGAAAGCCUGGUGUAUGCUAGAGGACGAAACCCACGAAAUUAAUAUA